AUGGCUGCCCAAGCUGGCGCUGACCUUCUCGGUGCGGAGAAGCGGCGUCUGCUUGACCGGACAUUCGAAGAGCUGCAAGAGAUGUGCAGGCAUCCUUGCGACAACUUGGAUUGCGAUGAACGGCUGAAGUUUGGGGACGUCACCGACAACGCCCGGGUCAAGUGCAGCUUUGUUUGCUUGCAAAAAAAGAAGGUUGCCAGGGAUUUCUUGAAGCAGACUCCACGCCAGAUCUUCGAGUUUAAUCACCAGAACAUUCAGGAUGGUAAGAAGAGCAAGAUAUUGCACAUCUCCAUCCAAUGCGAUGCUUGUGGAGAGGAAGGGGGCCGCAUCAAGCUACAGGACACAGUGGAGAAGUUGUACCUCGACCUGCGCCAGUACCUUGCCAACGACAAGGCGCAGCCUUUGUUGUACCGUCCCGGGAAGCCCAACGAAGACAUUCCCGACGAUGCCAAAGCCGUUUGCGAGCUGACGCACCGGCCCUGCGUGGAUGACUUUGCGAAGAACUGCUUGACGAGUGAAGCUCUUCAGUCAAUUCGUCAGUCACUACAACCUGAGCACGAGCUGUACAAUAAGCUGCGAGCGAAAGGUGUAAAAGCCCAGGAGAAGUUCGGGGAUAAGACGAUGACCUACAUCCGCAUUGGUUUAGGUUUACUGGAGCUUGGCCAGUACACGGCGGUAUUGGAGUUGUGGCCUAAAGGCUACAAGUCUCCCAAGCACCAUCACGGCGGUUGCGCAGGCAGCGUGCGUGUGCUGUAUGGCGCAUUGAACUGCCAGCUCUUCGACAGCAUCUUGGACGAUGAGCCCAUCAAGUUCAAAGGAAAUGAUGGGCAGCUAGGCCUGCCGAACGAGGGCCAGUCGGUGCUGAAGCUCACGACAGGAGACACGACCUGGCUGAACCGCCAAAACUGGUGGGUGCAUCAGGUACAGUGCCACGAUGAUUUUGACUUCGCACUGUCGGUCCAUCUUUACAAAAGCUGCUCUGACGCGUUUGCUUUCAUGAAGCCCAUCACCGGCCACACAGAGGCUUUGACAAAAGUUGAAGGUGCAGGUACUCUUGAAAAGGGCAUGCCAAACAAUGAUUACUUUUGGAACGUCAGUCUACCGGCGAGUGACAAGCGGGUCGAGGAGAUCGGACGCCCUGCGGACAACGCUCAAUCGGCCGGUCCUCUCGAUUUUGAGCUCCUGGAAGAGCAGAAGGAGGCCCAAGACAAGCUCCUCCACACCAGGGUCCUUCUCACGAGGAAGAGGGAGGGAGAGGAGGAGAGAGGAGGAGAGAGGAGGAGAGAGGAGGAGAGAGGAGGCUCCUCCAAGGACGACGACGGCUGGGUCCCUGCACACUAUGCGGCUUUCAACGGGCACAAAGAGGCGCUGCAGCUCCUCCACGACCUGGCACCUGAGACCCUCUCCUCCAAGGGCAACGACGGCUGGGUCCCUGCACACUGGGCGGCUGAGAACGGGCACGCAGAAGCGCUGCAGCUCCUCCACGACCUGGCGCCCGAGACCCCUGCACACUGCACUUUGCGUUGA